GAAGGAGUAUAAAUAACUUUCUAAUCCAUGUGAUGGAAGUAAGUGCCCCACCUACGGUCUUCCUUACUUUGGACUUUUUCACAAAAAAGGAUAUAGGAAAAAGCGGAGUGUUUGUAGUUGUAUUUGUCAUGUUAUGGCGUUUUGGGGCGGUCGUGUGA